AUGACCGUGUGGGCAGUUUGGGUGGCUGUCCUGAUCGCCAUGCUCACUACCCCAGUGAGGUCAACGUCCGCAAUACCUGACGUGAACCUCGGCUCCAACACUGAACAAACGCCUACUAUGGAUUCAACCACCAGUGCAGAGCUGGCGACUACACAACUGACGACGACAGAAGAAACUACCGCGGCUUCGGAGUCAGUCGCAACAACGGACCGAACAAGAACCACCACUUACACAGAGACUACCGAGCCGGCAACGACUUCGAUGGUGGUGACAACUCCUGAUGUUACUACACUCCUCACUACAACUGGGGUAUAUUCACCGACACCAGGAUUUUGCCCACUCUACUGUGGUUGCAUGGCUGACCAGCUGACCGUGUACUGUCAAAGCUACGAGAAUAUCCACUCGGUUCCCCGAGACAUCCCUGCAUGGGCUCAGACCCUCUGGGUGACCCAGUCCAACAUCCCUCGUCUGGAGACGAACUCAUUCCAGAACCUUACAGAACUGCAGACACUCAUGCUCUUCACGAACGGCAUCCAAGAGAUCGCUGAUGGAGCGUUCAGCGGUCUCUCCUCGGUCACAUCUGUGGACCUGGCCUCCAACAUGAUACAAACCAUACAAGACGAUACUUUCCUGGGACUUGAAAACCUAGAAUCCUUAGAUCUCACCGGUAACGGUAUCCAGACAUUGCCGCAAAAUGCCUUCCAACAUACCCCUAACAUCAAGCAUCUGAUUCUUACCUGGAACAGGUUUCAGACAUACCCCACUGAAGCCCUCUCUGCUCUAACCAACCUAGAGCAGUUGUACUUUGCUGCGACAAAAAUCACAACCAUCCCCGCGAACAGUAUUUCAACCAUGUCAAACUUGACCGUCCUUUUUCUUCAGGUCAACGAACUAGAGUCCAUUGACCCCAAAGCCUUUGCAACCCCAGGCCCGUCGACUCUUAGAGAGCUCUACCUCCUAGGCAACAAGUUGACCACAGUUCCCCGCGACUCGUUUGUACCUUCCAUGCGAAAGCUAGUACUCUCCGAAAACCCCAUCGCCCAAAUUCAAGAUGGCGACUUUUCUGUGCUAACCAACCUCGAAACGCUGGAACUGAAAAAGAUGGGCCUGGGUGACUUAGCCGUGGGGUCGUUUCGUUCCCUGAAUAACAUACAAGAGAUUGACCUGUCCGAAAACGAACUGAAAUCCCUGAAUAAGAGUCAGUUUAGUGACUUACCGACCAUUCAGAAUUUGACCCUAGAUGGAAACCCUUGGUUGUGUGGCUGUGAGUUGUGGAAAACGGCUCACUGGUUUGGAGAAGCGAACAUCACAACUGAUAGAGUCAAGUGUGAGACGCCCAGUGGGCUGAGAGGUAGAUAUGUGCUCGACCUCUCCGGAAGUGACGUCGGUUGUGACGUCAACUCCGGGAAGAUUUGGGGGCAAACUGUUUGGUUUGUGCUCAUGUUACAAGUUGUGGUCUAUGUUUGCCACAUUGUGUGAAUU